AUGUUUGCCUUUGUGGCUAUUAGCAUUCUGCUUAUUGGGAUUUAUGGGCAGUCUAAUAACCCCAAUUCAGAACAACAAGACGCCCUUUUCCAACAAUACGAGACGCAGGUGGCGCAGGUUCUCGAACAGGCUUCGCAUGGCGUCAAAUGCUAUACAGACUAUGUGCCAAGAGUCGAGCACGAGAGCCCAACGCUAUCCGAAGUGUUUAGCUUGGAUAAGUGUCACGAAGCACAUGACGCCCAUACAAUUUAUCUCCGAGAUGCUCGCAAUACAGCUCGGCAGCACAAUUUCACAAGAGACCAGCUACUUGACAAAAAGCUGCCCUACGUAUUCAACACUCAACAGGGGGGCCAGGAUGAAUAUACAGAGGCAUACCAAAUAAAGCUUCAGCAACUUCGGGACGCGGCAAACUCUGCACAAAAGGUGUAUAAAGCUAAACGAGAUGUGGUCAUGGAAGCUACAACGGAAGCCGCAAGCAAGCUAAAGGAAGAGAGUAGCGAGCACGCCAAGGAAAUCGCCGGCGCUGGUAUAGCUGUUGGUGGAGUGGCAGUCACGGGAGGAGUUAUAACCUUUGGGCCUUUCCUGGCCAAGGCAACUGAAGUUGCUGACCAUUUUCGCAAAUAA